UUUUUUUUAGGUCUCACUGCGUCAAGAGCGGCGCCGCCGACGUUUUUUAAACCCGUAGAAGAAGGGGAACAACCGGAGGAGAAUCAACAUGUCUGACGAAGGGAAGCUUUUCGUCGGCGGUCUGAGCUUCAGCACGGACGAGCAGUCGCUGGAGGAGGUUUUCUCCGAGUACGGGCAGAUCAGCGAGGUGCGGGUCAUCAAGGACCGCGACACGCAGCUGAGCCGCGGCUUCGGCUUCAUCACCUUCGAGAAUCCCGGCGAUGCCAAGGACGCGCUGCUCGCCAUGAACGGCAAGUCCAUCGAUGGCCGACAGAUCCGCGUGGACCAGGCCGAGAAGAAGUCGUCGGCCGGCGGCGGCAGAGGGCGGGGAGGCGGCGGCUACGGAGGCUACAGCCAAUAUAGCGGCGGCGGUGGCGGCUAUGGCCAGAGGAGUCGGGGCGGCGGCGGCGUUAACUGGGAUCGAAACGCUUACGACCGUUACAACCGAUAAACUGGUUCCUUUUCCCUCCCAGGCUCGGAAAGAUAAUCGUCCUUUUGGCGUUUUUUCUCUCUCUCUCUCCACCAUUGCCCCAUUGUAACGAGAUACGGUUAUUCGCAGCGAACGCCGUCUGUCUGUCUUCUGGAUUCAAUAUGUCGCAGAGACUCACUUUCUUAUUCUAGAAAUGAGGGGAAAUAAAUGCUCUUCACUCUCGUGGUUUUGUUUAAUGUAGGAUUUUUCCAUUGCGCCUCUUUAGUUUUAAUUUAAUUUGUCAACUCGUUUCUUUGAAAUAUAACCCAUUGGGGAGAGGGAAGGGAAGCACUGAUUUAUUGUGAGUGUAAAAAGCUGGAGAUCGAGCUUAAAAGCCUUUGCCUUCCCCACCUCCCCACUGCCCUUUUUGUAAGGUUUAUUGGGUUCAUCGACCCAUUUGAUGUGUUAAAUUCCAGCCCUUGGGAAGGCUUCGGUUUGAAACCCUCUUCCCUCCCGUGACUUUUUGUUUUACCACAUUCCUUUUUGACUAAGACUGACCGGAUAGUUUGUUUUACAUGGUAAAGUUACUGUACCAAUAAAUUGAGAGAAAUU